UAACUUAGAUACUGUUGCAUAAAGAUGUCUGGCACGGCUUCCGACACCGGAGCUCUCUCCAAUCACUCUGGUAGCGAGAAUGAAGAAGAGAAAACACCUCCCCCAAAAUCUGGAUAUGCUGAAAAAAUGCAACAAGACCAUGGCAAAAGGUUUGAGUUCCUGCUGAAACAGACCGAGAUUUUCGCUCACUUUAUGAACCCUACCGUUAAAACCAAAUCCCCCACAAGCCCCCUUAAGAUGAGAGGAAGACCACGACUUUGCUCCAAGGAGGAACCUUCGGCAAGCACUGCUGCUGCUGACCACCGACACCGUCGUACCGAGCAAGACGAAGACGAGGAAUUAUUAUCGGACGCUCGAAAGUCACAAGGAGCCAUCACGAGGUUCGAGAAGUCACCACAUUAUGUCAAGAAUGGGGAAAUGAGAGAUUAUCAGAUCCGUGGUCUAAACUGGAUGAUAUCUUUGUAUGAGAAUGGUAUUAGUGGAAUACUUGCUGAUGAGAUGGGUUUAGGGAAGACGUUACAAACAAUAUCAUUGCUUGGCUACUUGAAACAUUACCGUAGCAUACCUGGCCCCCACAUGGUUAUUGUACCAAAGUCCACUAUAUCGAACUGGGUGAAUGAGUUUGAACGUUGGUGUCCUUCUAUAAGGACUGUGUGUCUUAUUGGAUCCAAGGAUCAAAGGGCGACCAUCAUACGCGACGUAAUGAUGCCGGGCGAAUGGGACGUAUGCAUCACCUCAUAUGAAGUGAUCAUUAUAGAGAAGGCUUGCUUCAAGAAGUUUAACUGGAGAUACGUUGUUAUUGAUGAAGCUCACAGGAUCAAGAAUGAAAAGUCAAAGUUAUCCACGAUUGUCCGACAAUUCCGUAGCACAAACCGAUUGUUGUUAACGGGAACCCCCCUACAAAACAACCUCCAUGAAUUGUGGGCGUUACUAAACUUCUUGCUGCCUGAUGUCUUCAAUUCAUCUGAGGAUUUUGACUCGUGGUUCAACGCGAACAACCUUGAAGAUGACAAAGGACUUGUUACAAGACUGCAUGGGGUGCUUCGCCCGUUCUUGCUUCGAAGAUUGAAGAGCGAUGUUGAACAUAGUUUACUUCCCAAGAAAGAAACCAAGAUUUACACCGGGCUUAGCAAGAUGCAACGAGAAUGGUACACCAAGAUCCUGGUGAAGGACAUUGACAUCAUCAACGCAGCCGGUCGUACCGACCGUGUUCGUCUCCUUAAUAUAUUGAUGCAACUCCGCAAAUGUUGCAACCAUCCAUAUUUGUUUGAUGGAGCGGAACCUGGUCCACCUUACACCACUAGUGAACAUCUGGUGGUCAACAGUGGGAAACUAUCAGUGUUGGAUAAACUGCUGCCUAAGUUCCAGGAACAAGGUGACCGGGUUCUUAUCUUCAGUCAAAUGACUCGUAUAUUGGAUAUACUGGAGGAUUAUUGCAUGUGGAGGGGUUAUAAUUAUUGCAGGUUGGAUGGGCAGACACCGCACGAGGAUAGACAACGCCAGAUUAAUGAGUUCAACAGACCAGGCAGUGAAAAGUUUAUCUUCAUGCUUUCCACACGAGCUGGUGGUUUAGGAAUCAAUCUAAUGACGGCAAAUAUUGUGAUUUUGUUCGAUAGUGAUUGGAAUCCACAAGUUGAUAUGCAAGCAAUGGACCGAGCCCAUAGAAUCGGGCAGAAGAAACAAGUUAUGGUGUUCCGACUUAUCACUGAAAAUACUGUGGAGGAAAGAAUUAUUGAACGCGCUGAAAUGAAACUUCAUCUUGAUAACAUUGUUAUACAACAAGGGCGCUUGGUUGAUCAGAGUCAGAAACUUGGCAAGGAUGAAAUGUUAAACAUGAUACGACACGGGGCGAACCAUGUGUUUGCUUCCAAGGAAAGUGAGAUAACGGACGAGGAUAUUAACGCUAUUAUUGCCCAUGGGGAAGCUAGGACAAACGAGAUGAAACAGCGACUCCAUAAACUUGGGGAGGGAGCGCUACGUAAGUUCACACUAGAUGAAGGGGAGAGCGCGUACUCAGUGUAUAAGUUUGAGGGGCAAGAUUGGAAGGGGAAGCAAGCUGAGGGAGGGUUACUUCCAUGGAUCGAACCCCCUAAACGUGAACGCAAAGCCAACUAUGCCGUCGACCAAUAUUUUCGAGAAGCUUUGAGGGUUAGUGAACCCAAGGCCCCAAAGGCACCCCGCCCACCCAAGCAACCAUCCGUCCAAGACUUUCAAUUCUUCCCACCAAGAUUGUUCGAAUUAUUAGAGAAAGAAAUUUUCUGUUUCCGGAAAUCCAUUGGUUACAAAGUGCCCAGUGAUGCCGUAGAGGUCCAGGAGCAACAAAGGUUGGUUGACGAAGCCGAACCAUUGGCGGAAGAGGAAUUGGUUGAGAAGGAACAAUUAUUAACACAGGGCUUCACUGGGUGGAAUAAACGGGAUUUCAAUCAAUUUAUUAAAGCUAAUGAAAAGUUUGGAAGGGAUGAUAUUGAGAGUAUUUCUAAAGAGGUUGAAGGGAAAACCCCCGCAGAGGUCAUUGAAUAUUCAGCUGUGUUCUGGGAGCGAUGUAAUGAACUGCAAGACAUCGAACGUAUAAUGGCACAAAUAGAAAGAGGGGAGGCAAGAAUACAAAGGAAGAUUAGCAUUAAGAAGGCAUUGGAUGCAAAGAUUGCGCGAUACCGAGCCCCAUUCCACCAACUAAGAAUCCAGUACGGCACCAACAAAGGGAAGAAUUACACCGAGGAAGAAGAUAGGUUCCUUAUAUGCAUGCUGCAUAAGUUGGGACUUGAGAGGGAAUCUGCAUAUGAUGAGUUACGUGCUGGUGUACGGCAAGCUCCUCAGUUUAGGUUUGACUGGUUUAUAAAGUCAAGAACAUCAAUGGAGCUACAGCGACGUUGCAACACCCUUAUAACCCUCAUUGAACGUGAGAACCAAGAACUUGAGGAGAGAGACAAAUACAAUCCUCUUAUAAAGAAGAAGGGGAGGAAUGAUGUGACGCAUCAUAAACGAAAAGCUGAGGAAAAUACGGACGGGAAGGUUAAGAAGAAGAAGGACCAUUGAUAUGUGAGUGUGAUGUCAUAAUGAUUUGUUUAUUCAAUCACAAUGGCUCAUGUUAUGUCACAAGGACUAAGUGUGAUGUCAUAGUCGCACAACAAUCAUUCUUUCCUACUGCCAAUGAUUACAAUGUGAUGUCAUAAUCUGUAUUGUUACAUGAACAAUGGAAUUAAACCCAAUAAUGGGCAUUGUGAUGAUAAAUUGAAACAAUAUUUAUUAACUUUUCUAUUCUGGAUAUCGGAUUUAUGAAAUUUGUUCGGCACUAAAAGUUGUCAUCAUGUAUUAUUGGCCCUACAUAGAAACAACAUAUUGUUUGUAUUAUUUCAUUCUGUUACUUCAGCUACCAGGCGUAUCGUAUAAAAACUUAUUGGGCAAAAUAAGAGAAUUGAGAUACACGCCAAACAAUGCUUAUUGUUGUAGCUCUGUGACGCUUGUUUGUAACUUUCGCUCCAAUUUAUACUUUAGUGGAAAAUACAAAACAAUGAAUUUA